CGCUCUCGCUCUCGCUCUCCCUCCCAGGCAGCAUCCAAAGAAGCGGCUAGCUUUGCUGCUGCCGUUCCAUCCGAAAAGGCGAGGAGAGACGGACGGAGGAGAGCUCGAGUUCAACCCUGAAGAAGAAGAAGGCCUCCUGCCCUUCCCUGGAGCUCAAGCCUAGAGCAAAGCUUACUUAUGUCUGCCCAUGGAGUCAUCUAAAAUUGAUGCCAGUGACAAGCAUCUGGAGAGCUACCUGACAUUGGGUUUGACAGUAUCACAGUCAAAGAAAGGAACUACCAAGUUUCCUAAGGUCCUGUCGCUUCUUGCCACAUAUCUGGGCCGAUCAGUUCAGAAGAAUGAAGAAUUACUGGGUUCUAAUGGAAUAAAGGAGUCGACCACUAUUUUUCAUGGCCAGAAGGUGCCAGAUCUCAGUAUACAGCUCUAUGCAGAACGCAUUUUCAAAUAUGCCGAGUGCAGUCCAUCUUGCUUUGUGUUGGCACUUGUCUACAUGGAGAGAUAUCUACAGCAGCCAAAUGUGUACAUGACGCCCUUCAGCGUUCAUCGCUUGCUAAUUACAAGUGUGGUGGUUGCUGCCAAAUUCACAGAUGAUGCGUUUUUCAACAAUGCAUUCUAUGCCAGAGUGGGAGGAAUCAGCACAAUCGAGAUGAAUCGGCUUGAACUGGAUUUGUUGUUUAAUCUGGACUUCAGGCUGAAAGUGAACCUAGAGACAUUCGGGAGCUACUGCUUGCAGCUGGAGAAACAUGCACCGGUGUCACCAGAGAGACUGCCGGUUCAGGUUCAUUGUGUCAGUGUCAAAGGAUCUAAAGAUUUGGGCUAUAGCAGCAGUGGUAGCGCCGACGAAUUUUGCCAGAGCAAGCUUGUUCGCCAAAGCUACAGCAGUCAGGCUCUCCAAGGAUGCAGCUGACCAAUCUAUUUAUGGCCUAAAGUUUUGCAAAGCAUGUGACCUGAUUACUGAUAAUUCUUUUAGAUCUGACAUUUGAGCAUUAAGUUGUUCUGGGGGUGUUUGAUUAGUAGGGAUUCAAUUAUGUUUUACUUCUGUAACACUGUAAUUCUUGCAACCCACUUUGUUUAAAAUGUUCACAAUCUAGUUGGGAAACAACCGGCCUGAACAUUACUCAGUCCUGUGAUAUCCAAUGCCGUGGUUUAACUGGA